AUGGCUAAUGAUGAUGAUAAUAAUAAUUCUUUCUUCUUUGUUCCACCAUUCAACUUCGAAGAAAUUCAGAACAAUAAUCAUUGCGGCCCUACUAUUACAGAUGAAUUAGAAGUGAUCUUCAAUCCAAAAAAUAAAGACCAUUCAUUUGGAGGAAUGGUGAACAAUAAAGAUGAUGAUGAUCGAUUUGGCUUGUUCUAUGAUCAACAAGAUAACAUGAUGAUGAUGAUGAAUAUGGCUGGUAAUAAAGAAGUACUAGUACCAAAAAAUUUUGCUCAAGAUCAACAAAGACAAGAGUUGCCCAAGUCCGACUACUCAAUUUUGGAUGAUUUCGAUGCGAUUUCAAUGAAUUUCGAUGAUCCUCCUCCUCCUCCUCCUCCUCCUCCCUUUGCUUCUUUAGAGUUUCUUAGCCAAUGCGAAACUAGUGGACAUAACAAGCUGAGUAGUCCUAACAAGAACACGAAGAUAACAGAAAGCAACACCCAAAUAAUGAAUAGUCAUCAUUAUACGACACGUCGUUCGAAGCUAUCAACUGAAGAAAUCAUGAGAAUUGCCGGAUCAUGCUAUAUAACAUUCUCGAGUGUCCAGGGAACAAACGACACCGUUUUGAUGCCCCCUUUUGGAAGCUGUUAUGCUAUCUCCGGUUUAUCCCAUGGCGAAACCAAAGAUGUACAACUAGUCCACCUUCUCUUAUCCGUAGCUGAAAAAGUCAACGACCAACAGUUUGACCAAGCCACCAGACUCCUCCAAAGUCCUCAACUCACUCCCUCUUAUUAUUAUUCCUCAUCACCUAAUAAUAAACCCAACUCAGUCGAGCGAGUUGUCCUCUCUUUCAUUGAAGCUCUUCAACAGAAAAUCGAUUCAGAAACUGGUUUUAUUACUAGAAGAAGAAGAGGAAGAAGAAGAUCAAUGACCAGUACAACUAAUACUACUAAUAAUGACAAAGAUCAAUUAAGUCGUGGUUUGGGUACAAGCAUUUUAAGCGUUACCUGCUUUCAACGACUCCCUUUUCCUCAGGUACUUCAUUUCCCAGCUGUUCAAGCUAUAAUCGAGAGUUUGGAUGAGUUUGAUGAUAAGCUUCAUGUGAUCGAUCUCGAGAUUAGAAGUGGGGUUCAAUGGACACUUUUAAUGAAAGCUUUAGCAGAGCGAAAUGAUAAUAAUAAUAUUAAUAAUCAAGACCGUCCAUUAUUUCAGCUUCUUAAGAUCACAGCCAUUGGUACACCGGAGAAUCAGGUCAAAAUUGAGGAAACCCAGAACCGGUUGACGAAUCUAGCUGAGUCUCUGAACGUACCCUUUUCGUUUAAAAUCUUGAUCUUAACAGAACUGGAUGACAUCAAUGAAGGUAUGAUCGAAACUGAGGAAGACGAGGUUUUAGCUGUGUUCACCUCGUUAUUACUAAGAAUGAUGUUGUAUAAGCCACUAAGUUUGGAGAAAUUGAUGAGAGUUAUUAAAACACUAAAGCCAUCUGUAAUGGUUGUCAUAGAAACAGAAGUUAAUCUAAACGCACCGUCGUUUGCGAACCGAUUCAUAGAAGCUUUGUUCUUCUAUGGGGCUUUCUUUGACUGUUUCGAGACUUGUUUUAAAGAGGAAGAGGAGCUUAAAACGACAAUGGAAGAGGUCUUGGGAAUGGGGAUUGAUAAUAUUGUGAGUAAGGAAAAUGGUGAGAGAGUUAUUAGGAGUGUGAGGAUUGGAGUUUGGAGAGCUUUCUUUGAGAGGUUUAGGAUGGUGGAGAGUAAGUUGAGUGACUCUUCUUUGUACCAAGCUAGCUUGGUGGCUAAGAAGUUUGGUUAUGGAAGUUCUUUGACUAUGGAAAGGAAUGGAAAGGGUUUGAUUGUUGGGUGGAAAGGUACUCCAAUUAAUUCCCUUUCAGUUUGGAAAUUUCUCUAA